CAGCUGGGGCUCCCUGCAGCCGCCGCCUGCUUGUUGGAGGAGGACGGGCCUGUCAGCGUCCGGAGGGGAGGGACUGGCAGCUGCGGCUGCAAAACAAGGAAGUCUCCACGCACUGCCCCGGCCGGGAUCCCCAAACUGCCGCCAUCAUGCCAGAUCCGUCUUACCGUGAUCGGCUGAGGCAGGACAUGUACUUUCUCACGAGAAAUGGCAGACUGAGCGAGCACCUGGUUGAUAAAAUUAUUCUUCAGCUAAACAGAGUUUAUCCGCAAAUUCUCACCAAUAAAGAAGCAGAAAAGUUCAGAAAUCCAAAGGCAUUGCUUCAUAUUCGGUUGUCAGAUCUUAUAAGCCACCUACAAAAGAAAGGAGACAAACACUGUCAAGAAUUUUACAGGGCUUUACAGAUCAAUGCCGAACAACUGUAUAAUGACUUGCCAAGCAGGAAAAUCCUGAAAACCUCAGCUUCCACAGGGAUAGACACAGACAAGGAGAACUAUUUUCUAACUGACAGGGAUCCCAUGUUCUUCCUUGCUUGCUUUAGUGUUGCUGCAGGAUUAGCAUUGUUCAUGUACUGCUGGAACCCAGAUCCAAAAGUUAUAGGAGGAGCCAAGAAAAUAUUGGGAUUUUCUCCUAUUAUCAUAGGAAGACAUGUUAGAAAUAUUUGUAUGGUAUACAUGGAAGAUACAUCAAGGAAAAAUUAAGGAAAAGCUGCUUCUUCAGUCUUCUGUACUGUGUACCUGCCAAUGGAAAAACAAAUAUAUAUACAGACACUAUAUAUUAUACCAAAGAUGUAGUUAACGGCUUUAGCAGUAAAUGUACUGCUUCAAGGUGCUUUCAAAUGGUCAACUCUAUAUGAACUUAUGGAAAUGGAUCAUUUAUUUUUGUAAAUGCUUCUUUUAAAAUAUUUAUCAUUUGGGUAUGAAGGUUUUUAAUACACACCUUAAAAGGAAUUCCUAAG